CUUUGUCACAGGCUGCUAUGUAGAUUAACCUUUCAAUUAGUUGUUAUCAGGUCCUCUCCAUGUCUCGGCGCGAGCUUUUCAGCCUUCGUUUCAAGAGAUCAAAUCCCACGAAAUCGCUCGGAUAUGUCGCCGCACAUGUAUCCUUCGACGUUUCCCCGAUAAUGAAGAGGAGUAUCCGAGGGGGGGAAAACUUGAAGAGAUUUGAUCUGGAGGUAAAUAAAUAACGCCUCAGGUCAGUCGGUAUCUACCACGGUGGAAUUUACUGGUGUCAACUUUUCCUCAAGACCAAUGUCAGAUACCCAGGAUUGAGAAGACAUUUGUGGAUGCCAGCGUGGAGUGUAACUUUUUGACCUUACCAAGAAUGUGGAUGUAUCCCGUGUUCAGCAGCAGAAAGGGGGAAUCUGUAUGGAUCGCAUUUUUGUGAGUCCAAUUGUUCAACCAUGGUAAAACUUGCAAACCCUCUGUACACGGAGUGGAUUCUUGAAGCGAUACAGAAAAUCAAAAGGCAGAAGCAGAGGCCUUCCGAGGAGAGAAUUUGUCAUGCGGUGGCCACCUUGCAUGGACUGGACAAGAAGACCGUCCUUGAGCAGUUGGAAUUAAGUGUUCACGAUGGCUCUAUUCUCAAGGUUACAAAUAAGGGGAGCGCCUCCUACAAGGACCCAGGAAAUCCCGGGAGAGUUGGAUCAAUCCCGCCUGCGAACGUGCCCGUGCCAUCAAGGGAAUCUAUAUGGAAUUCAAGUGAUCUGCGCCAUAUUGAUUGGAAUAAAAUACUCAUGAGUGCCGUCGAGGGCCUGGAUGAUACGCACGGCUCCUCGCUGAAGAACAUCGAGAGGUAUCUGAGGAACCAGGAUGACCUCUCAAACAUUGUCGAUAACACCGCUUUCCGCCAGCGGUUACGACUGGCGGCCAAGCGGUCGGUUAACAACAGCCGGUUGUCCAAAAACGGCCCGCGGUAUAAGCUCAGCCACGGCAGUGCGGAGGGAAGGGGCCCCAGGUGUCCAGGUGCUUUCCCCUUGGUCCUGUCAUCGGUGACGCUCCUCCCCCACGAGCGAGACCAGCUCCGGGUUGACCCCAUCCCAAUAUGCAGUUUCUGUCUUGGAACGAAAGAGUCAAAUCGGGACAAGCGGCCAGAAGAGCUGCUGUCCUGUGCAGACUGUGGGAGCAGUGGGCAUCCAUCAUGUCUGAAGUUUUCCCCUGAAUUAACCUCAAAUGUGAAGAGAUUACGAUGGCAGUGUAUUGAAUGCAAAACCUGCAGCUCUUGUCGAAUACAGGGGAAAAAUGCUGACGAGAUGCUAUUCUGCGAUUCAUGUGAUCGCGGCUUUCACAUGGAAUGCUGCGACCCGCCGCUUUCAAGAAUGCCAAAAGGUACCUGGGCCUGCCAAGUCUGCAGACCGAAGGAGAACGGGAAGAAACUGCUGCACAAGAAAGCCGAUCAGAUCAAACGUCGAUAUGCAAAGCCAAUCGGAAGGCCCAGAAAUAAGCUCAAACAAAGAAUGUCUGUAACCAGUGGUGACGGCUCCAUGGUAGCACCUGGAGGAAGGGGGUCACCUGGUAGGGGUCAAAAGAUUACCGUCUGUUCCACACCUUCAUCUGGUCAUGCUGCAUCUGUGAAGGACGCCAGAGACAGAUUGGCGGUUGCAGACCCCUGUUGUGCGGUCGACGCCACCCAAUUCACCACUUCCACCCCCACCACCACUCCCCCCCUCACGCCCACCUCCACCCAAGCGACACUCACCGUUAACAAGAAAACCAAAGGGCUUAUCGACGGGCUUUCCAAAUUCUUUACCCCUUCCCCGGUGGGCCGUCGCUUGCGAGCCGUAGAGUCGCCCGGCACACCGAUAAGCUCUAGAGACGACGGACCACCCAAACUUUCCACGCCGCCAGAGCCGUUUGCCUUUGCCGCCGACGUCACUCAAAAGAUAACCCCCUCUUCCUCUGCACUUCCCGCUCUCACUUUGCCGGGACUUAGCUCCCCCUCGCAGGUGUCCAGCAGCUCCACCUCCGCUAACUCACCCCAGAGCUCCUCCAGCCAGUCUAGUGUUCCUUCCCUGAGUAGCCUCUGCAAUAGCAGCCAGCUCAAGGGACUGUUUGACGGACUCUCUCACAUUUAUACCACUCAGGGACAGUCGAGGAAAAAGAGACUACCUUGCUACGUGCCGCCAAAGCGCACGCAUCAUAAGCAGGAUUCAACCCACGCGUCCAAAAUGGGGCCCCAGCGCCUUGGAAAGAACGAAUUUAAUAAAAAUAGGUUACACUCCUCAUCUGCCGGGCCGGGCCGACCCAGAGGACACCCUUUUAAGAUGGUCAGUCAUUUCAAACGUAAUCCCUUCCUUAAAAAGCACAGGACGCUAGGCAGGCUGAGGUAUAAAGUGAGCCCUCAGAAGGGAGCCCCCUCACCAGGAAAGGGAGACUUGACAGACGGAAGAAUUAAGCCUGAGAAUAAUCAUGGCCACAACGGGGAACUGCGCGUGAAGCAGGAGGCGCAGGCCGACUUUGCGGCCAUGUCUAGAGAUCACGUGACGGAGGAGGACAUUGAGAUGUUCACUCAUGUUCAGGACGCCGCCGCGCAGAGAACUGGAUCUCUGUUGAACACAGACUCCAUGCGAUGCCCUGCACUCAUUGAAUUUGGGAAGUAUGAGAUUCAAACCUGGUACUCGUCGCCUUACCCUCCUGAAUAUUCAAGAUUACAAAAGCUUUAUCUGUGCGAGUUCUGUCUGAAGUACAUGAGGAGCAAAAACAUUCUCCAGAGACACACAAAGAAGUGUGGCUGGUUCCACCCGCCAGCCAAUGAAAUCUACAGAAAGGACGACCUUUCCGUAUUUGAGGUUGAUGGAAAUGUCAGCAAACUAUUCUGCCAAAACCUCUGCCUGUUAGCCAAGCUUUUCCUGGAUCACAAGACCUUGUAUUACGAUGUGGAGCCUUUCCUCUUCUACAUACUUACAAAGAAUGAUGUGAAAGGCUGUCAUCUCGUGGGCUAUUUCUCCAAGGAAAAGCUUUGCCAGCAGAAGUACAAUGUCUCCUGCAUAAUGAUCAUGCCUCAGUACCAAAGGCAAGGAUUUGGAAGGCUCCUCAUUGAUUUCAGUUACCUUCUCACCAGGCAAGAAGGACAAGCCGGCUCCCCGGAGAAGCCGCUGUCAGAUCUGGGUCGCUUAUCCUACCUGGCAUAUUGGAAAAGUGUCAUACUGGAGUACCUUUAUAAGCACCCAGAUAAACACAUCCGUGUUGAAGGAAUAAGCAGGGCCACUGGGAUGUGUCCACACGACAUCGCCGCUACUCUCCAGCAGCUCGGCAUGAUUGACAGACAGGAUGGCAGGAUUGUGUUGAUCAGGAUCGAGCGAUCGAUUCACAGGCACAUGGAGAGACUCAGGCCGAACCCACGUCGCAAUGAGGUGGACCCCGGCGGCCUGCGCUGGUCACCUUCCACGGCGCUCAACGCCGUCCUGUCUGAGGAGGAGAGGGAGGCAGAGAUGGAUGCUGAGCGGCUGAAAGAACAGGCCAGUUGCUGGGAGAGGGAGGGCUUCCUGAUGACUCACGGCAGCAGGCAGCCUCUCACGAAGGUCCACUGCAAGGUUCCCUACAGGACCUACGAGCGCCGCCCUACGCUGUCCUGGACCAGGCGCAUCCAGCAGCUGGAGGAAGUGAGCGAUGACGACGACGACGACGACGACUCCGACGACGACUCCGACGACUCCGACGACGACUCCGACGACGACUCCGACGGCUCACCGCCCAUCCUGACAAAAGCCCAUGCGAUGCUUGCAGCCAAGAGAAAGAGAACCAUUGUGCUCAAAAAGAGAGGGCGUAAAAGGAAGAGAAUAAACAGCAGCGUGACAACAGAAACCAUCUCCGAGACGACCGAGGUGCUGAAUGAGCCGUUCGACAACUCGGAGGACGAGCGUCCCAUGCCCCUGCUGGAGCGCACCUGCAGAGUGGGCGAGAUGGGGGACGACGAGGAGGAGCGAGAGGAGAAGACGCCGAUUGCGCCGAUGAAACGGCGGAGGGGUCGUCCGAGGCUCGAGAAGAAUGCGCACAAAGACAAACUCGAACACUGGAAUGAAGGGGCUAACGUCAUCUCGAAGAGACCCGGCAGACCCCGUCCCGUGAAGCGGAAGAAGGGCUGGCCGAAAGGAGUCAAACGAGGCCCUCCUAAGUGGAGGCUCAAGAACGAACGAAAGAUGGGCUUCAAGCUCAACCUCUACACGCCCCCGGAAACCCCGAUGGAGGCGGAGCAGCACCAUAUUCACACCGGGGGGGAAGCGAAGGAGCAGCCAGACCAGGAUAUGGUCAGCGCGGACGAGGAGAGCAAAGCCGGCCGAGGCUCGGCGAGUCCGGAUGUAUGGCUAGAUCGGCUUCUCUCUGAGCCCUCGAGUCCCGUUGACCGCGGCUCCCAGAAGUCGAGCUCCCCUGAAGGAUCGCCGGUCUCUUCUCCGGUGUGCUCGCCCGCCGCCACGUCCCCUCAGCCCGAGGACGGGUGCGAUUCCCCGGAACCGCCCGAAGACGACCAGCAAGAGAGCGGACUCGGGCCGGACUCCCCAGCCAAAGACGCGCAGCGCAGCACGGCGGGUGUCGAAUCCCUGGAGAACGACAAUGCAGAGGAGGACGAGGAGGACGAGCAGAGGACGAGAAUAGAGGAUCAGGACGCAGAUGACGAAGACGACAGUCACGGCAAGACGGCAGCGCCGGAGAGCAGCGGAGCAGCGGAGCAGAGUUUGAGAGAAAUACCCCAAUGCGCCCCACCUUUUCCAGACCCGGAAGAAGACGACGCCUCCGAGUUGAGUCGGCAGGCGUCUCCGGCGCCGCGUCGCGAAGAGGAACCGGCUUCGGCGGCAGAAAGCUUCCGAGAGGCGGCGACCGAGACGACGGCAGCAACUCCGCCGCCUGAAGCCGUCGCCGUCGCUUCAGUCGCGGCCGCGGACUCUGAUAAUCCCGCCGACUCCGAGUCGGAGGGAGAGAGCGCGUCCGGUCCUCGUCCCGAUCACCCGACCCCUCGGCCCGCGGAGCGGCCGACGCUCGGCCCGGCGCCGGGGGAGGAUCCCCCGAUCUGCACCGAGGUCGACUCGGAGACGGCCCGAGCCGUUCAGUCGCUCGCGCGGGAGAAUGUCUUCUGCGCGGAGAGCCGGGAGCCGCGCAGGACCCUGCCGGCCUACGCCCACGUGGCCCGCAGCCCCCGCCUCGCCUCGCUGGAUGACUGCCCGCAGUCGGACCACAGCAGCCCCCUGUCCUCCGCGCAGUCGCAUCCCAGCCAGUCGGCGCGCUCCGUCAACAGCCCGGCGGUGUCCAUCCUGGAGAGCGGCGGCUACACCCAGAUCAGCCCGGACCACGGCGCCAUCUCGGUGGCCUCGCUCCACAACAUGGCGACGAGCCCCAUGAUGGACGUGCCGUCGGUGUCGGACCACUCGCAGCAGGUGGUGGACAGCGGCUUCAGCGACCUGGGCAGCAUCGAGAGCACCACGGAGAACUACGACAACCCCAGCAGCUACGACUCCGCCAUGGGGGGCAGCAUCUGCGGGGCGGGCCCCUCCCAGAACAGCUGCUCCUACGGGAGCAUCCCCCCCAGCGGCUUGGCCCAGAGCAGCUGCGCCGUGAGCCAGCAAAUGGGCAACGUCAACCCGGGCAGCUGCGGCAUGAUCCAGCAGAACAACCUGAGCUCGCCGCCUCACUGCAACGUCAAGUCGCCGCAGGGCUGCGCGGCGGCGGAGCGGCCUCCCAGCAACAGCCAGCACAGUCAACACAGUCAACACAGUCAACACAACUCCCACAGCAGGCACCUCCCCCACAAUCAGCUCGGCCAGCAUAGUCAACACAAUCCCCACAACCAGCAUAGUCACCACCACAAUCACCACCUGCAGCACAAUCAGCUCGGCCAGCACAAUCAGCACGGCCUUCACAACCAGCACGGCCAGCACGGCCAGCAGCAGCAGCCCAUGGCCCAGUGCGCCAUACCCACCAACUUCACCACCAGCAUGCAGCUGGCGGACAUCCCCGAAUCCGGCAACCCGAAUUUCGCCCUCUACGAGCGGAUCAACCACCAGGGCGAGUACGGCAACGGGCAUUACUCUCAGCCGUCGGGCCUCAGCCUCGCCAAACUGCAGCAGUUCACCAACACGUUCAUCGACCACCCUCACUCGCUGCCUUUCAACCACUCGGCCUCGCACCCCAUCGCACCGUAUGCAAACACGCCGUCGCUGUCGCAGCCGCAGCACUCCGGCCUGGUGUCCUUGUCCCAGACCCCGCAUCGAGUCCCCAACCCGCAGGUGCAGGCCGCCAUGACCCCGCCCCCCAGCUCUCCGUCGCCCAUGAUGCUGCAGCGCAACACGGGCGUCCCGCCCUCGCAGCGGAUCCAGCCCCAAAUGGCCCCCAAGGGUCACGUGUCGGCGCGCUCCAAGUCGGCCCCGCUGUCGCACCACCAGCAGCAGCAGAUGUACGCCCGGCCGCCGCAGGCCGCGCCCAUGCAGGCGCCCUCCAGGACGCUCGCCGCCAUGCCGCGCAUGAGCGUGAACAUCAUGCCGGCGCCGGGCUACAACGUCAACUCCAUGAACAUGCCCUCCCUCAACGCCAUGAACAGCUACGGCAUGAGCCAGCCCAUGAUGAACAGCGGCUACCAUGGCAACCAUGCCUACAUGAACCAGUCACCCCAGUACUCUAUGCAGAUGGGCAUGAUGGGAACACAGCCAUACCCCCAGCAGCCCAUGCAGGCUCCACCACAUGGCAACAUGGUGUACACUCCAGCUGGUCACCAUGGUUACAUGAACACAGGCAUGUCCAAGCAGUCCCUGAAAGGGCCUUUCAUCAGGCGGUAACUCCCCGCAGGACUCGUGCGGUCCUUCUCACGUGCAUUUUGCUGUGUAAAGAUGCACUGAUCUGGCCUUUUGCUUUCUUUCUCUCUUUUUUGUUUUUUGUUUUUUUUGUUAUUGUUUAUUACUUAAAAACCAGCAGCAGCACUUGGAAAGAAUGCAAAAAUGUUCAUCGAGUAGAUUUGAAGCUAAUGUUAAAAAGUAUUUUUGUUUCUCCAGAUGGGAAGCCUUACAUCAUGACGAUGAAAAUCUAUUUAAUUAGUGUUAGUGUCUCUGAUGUGUCUUUAGAGCAGGCGGGUUCAGAGCUCAGCAGUAGAGAUUUCAUCAGUGGUCUUGCAGUCGUGUAGCAGCCUCAAAUGAAGCCAUUUAAUGUGCCUGCUACAAGUGGAGUUAGUGGCCGUUUGAACCUGUUCAGUGUACCUGUCUAACAGUGCUGACAAUUAGUUUGUACUAUACUCAUGCCUUUGUAUAUUUAAAUUAUUGUACUUAUUUUGUAAAGUGACAACUAGCAUGCUUCAGUCUCUGUUAGUGACAGUGCAUUGAGUAGUACUGUACAAGUGUUGUGCUUAAUAGCAAGCCAUUUUAAAGAUAUCUGGCCUUUAUUAGGUUUCCCUCCACGGGGAGAAAGAUAAAACUAUAUUUUGUUAAUUCUAAUAAUGUAAAAAAAAAUGUAAACUUAGUCCUGUUUUAUGUUCGAUUUGAGAGGUUUUAUUGCUAUGUAUGUAUAAUUCUGAAGUCUUUUGUAACAGAUCUCCUUGAGGCAGCUUUCUGUUUAAUGAAGCAGAUUGAUUUCUGUCAAAAUAACAAAGCAUAUCUCAGUGUUUGUACCCUGAAAUUCUAAAACAUUUCAAAAGGUCCAGAAGUGUGGCGGAAUUUUAAAAGAACUAAAUGAUUAUAAUGACGAAUAACAAUAAAGAAAAUAUAAAUUUAGUCCAAAGUUGAUAUUUUACAUAAUGCCUUUAAAGCUACGUUUUCAUUCCAUCUGUAGAUUUGUUUUCUAUCUUUAUAAAAUGUUGGAUUUAUAUUUUACCGAAGUGUAGAAGAAUAGCGCCUGUGAAUAGACCAAACUAAGCUAAUGGAUCGCAUGUAAAACGCUACUUGUGUUUAUGUUUAUAUUGCUCUUUUGUAGCCUUUGUACCUGUACAGAGUUGCUGGUAAGAACAGGAGGGAAAUACCUGGCUAUGUGCACAGAAAUCAGACAGAAUGACAUUCUUGUAUUCAUGACUUUUCUCCUUUUGUCAGUCACCUAAAAUGCUGUACAUUUUAGCAUAAGAAUAAAUUAUGAUUGACCAUGUA